AUAGAUGUUGUGUGCAGGGUUUUAUUUCAUUCCUGGUGCAUUAAGCAUUAAGGAACAGUGUCGUUGGAUAAAGGAGAGUUUAACUAGGUUUCCACAGCCACCUAAUAGAACAAACCACAAUGCCAUAUAUGGACCUAUAAUGGACUUAUUUGUUUCUUCCAAACAAGGCAUGGUAUUAGUUGAAGAGGAGCAGUCAUGCCAGAUGAAUGGUACUGAUGCUAACAAUGAUCCAAGUGUGGCAUGUGCUCCUUCUUGGAAAUUUUCUGAUGUACAGAGUUUGUCAUCAAGAGGAGAAGCAUGCAAAUCAGUACCUGCCUCUGUUUUGCUUCAGGAGCUACAAUGUAUCUUUAUCUCAUAACAAAAUACCAGAUGAACUUUGCCAGCUUUCUUCAAAAUUGGCAGCUCCUGCCAUGCAACCAGGCGAAAAAUUCCGACCUGAAGCAGCAAUUGUCAAUUACUUUGGUCAAGGUGAUAUGCUCGGCGGUCACCUUGACGACAUGGAAAAAGAUUGGAGCAAACCGAUUGUGAGCAUGAGUUUGGGCUGCAAAGCUAUUUUCCUCAUUGGCGGGAAAUCUAGGGAGCAAAUGCCACUUGCAAUGUUCUUACGUAGCGGUGAUGUUAUCCUUAUGGAAGGAGCUGCAAGGGAAUGCUUCCAUGGUGUGCCACGGAUCUUCACCGACAAGGAACAUGCUGAAAUUUCAGAGCUGGAGUCGAGCUUUUCUUCAGGCGAAGGUGACUCCUCAUUGUUGGAAUACAUUAGGGUUUCCAGAGUAAACAUCAAUAUCAGGCAAGUUUUCUGAUCAUCACCAUACCCAAAGUGACACCCAAACAUAGCGCCUUCAUCACAUGAUGCCGAAAGUCACUUCUUCUUCUCGGCCCCUCAAGAUGUGGCUCUGCAAAUAUUGUACGCCGUAUUUCGCGUUAGGAUUCUGUAUUGCACUUGUUGCAUUUUUAGGCAUGUUGCUAGGGGAUUAAGCUUAUGAGCUAUUUGUCUCCCAUUUUCCUUUCAUGCCAAGGUUAUUAUUAUUACCCCUCCAGGUCCGUGUAUUAUAUUCCCUCUCUGCCCUCCCCUUAUGUGGCGGUGAGAACCCCUAUUUUCCCUCUGUUCUGUUUUUUGUUUUCAGUUAUAAAAAAAACUCACAUCUUUU